GUUGUUCAUUUUUAGAUGUCGGAACUGGUAAACCGACAAGUUAUCGGGUGCUACCUCCAUUCUUUUUUUUCCGACCGACUAUCAACUCCAGUUGUUCACGGACCUUUACAGAUAGAAUACUGGAAAAAAACGAACGCCGGAAAAAAAUGCCGCAUUUUUUCCGCAGCUAGCUUGCAUAAAUUUUCACAUUGUUUAGCUCAGAAAGAAAAAACAAGCCUCUAUGAAGCUAGAAAAAAUGGGCUUUCUUUCUUUUCUUGCUUCGAAACCGCGUGCAUCGCCGAAGGAUUUGAAAGUAUUUUUGAUGAAACGAACAACCGAGUUUCAGUGGCGUCGUUUGAUUUGGAAUGCUUCAGCCCCCAAUUGUCCAAAUUUCCCGAUCCCACGCAGGAUGAAUGCGUGAUCUUUCAAAUUGGACUUUGUUUUCGCGCUUCUAAUGAGUGCGACUUGCAAAGAUGGUUGUUUGCCUUGAAUUCCAAUCUCAAAAUCGCAGCUGAUCAUUUCAUGGCUUUUCUUUUCGACGAUGAAAGAAGCCUCAUCGAAGCUUUCCUUCAGCAAAUCAAUUGUUUAGAUCCGGAUGUCCUUCUCACUUUCAACGGGUCAAAGUUCGAUUGGCCUUACUUGGCAAGUCGAUGUCGUAAAAACGGCCUUUCCCUAAAUGUGCUGAGCAGACUCUCUCAUGCUCUUGUUUCAGUUCGUCCAGUUGGUCCAAAAAACCUUCGCAUCGUUUCGAUUCCUGGAAGAGCAGUGCUGGAUGUGUUUCAAUUUCUAAGGCUGUUUCACUCAGUGGAUGAAAGUUCCUACUCUUUAUCGCUAGACUCUGCGUCCAAAAGGUGGUUGAGUUCGAAUUGCUGGAAGCUAGAUGUUCCAUUUUGGAACAUCUUUCUAGCAUUUACUACUGAAGAUUCAAAAGUUUGGAACGAGGUAGCAAGCUAUUGCGUAAGAGACUGCGAAAGUUGUCUCGCAUUAUUCGAUGAGUUGAAUGUGUGGAAAAGAACCCGGAGUUUAUGCAAUGUCUUUCGUUGUUCUCUGGACGAGAUUCUAGUUAGGUCUCCUGGAAUGCUAACCUGGAAACUUCUAAGACAGUUGGGUUUUUCGAACCAAUGGUGGGUCAAAUUUCGACCCAGCCGAAAAAUGUAUCCUAAUAGCUUUUGUUGGACAGUCGGACUCCGCUUUCGUCCUGGCUUGUACCACAAUGUAGGAGUCGAGAGCACUACUGCUUUCUUUAAUCAGACUAUCUUUGAAAGGUCAUUAGAUAAGGAAAACGACGAUGACGACUUGCUAAAACAGGCAGUUGAAUACCUUCAAAGUUCUAAAGAAUCAACUAUUGCUUUGAAGACUUUUUACACUGGUUUAGUUCGCGAUGUACUCAGCAGGUCCGCUGCUUCGGAACUAAUCGAGCUAAGAAAUAGGAAAAUAGCUCAAAAGUUCGAAAGUCGUUUUGUCUUUGCAACUGAAAACUUUGUGUUUUUUUAUUCCUCCCAAGAGGCAGACUCCAAGUAUUCUAGCUUUUGCGUUUUCUCGAAAACCAAAGCAGUAGGAUUGGCUAGAGACCAAAAUCGAGUUGUCUAUUAUGGAAUUUGGUUCCCUUUUUUACUGGCAAAGCUUGUCUGCGAUUCUUGUCUUCAGCUUUUCCUGCAAGGGUCCAGUGAAGAAGAGAUUCGUAAGACCUUUGAGCAGGAAAAACAUGGAGACCAUGGUUUAUUGUUCUUCUCCUAAGAAAGGCCUUGUUCCCUUUCAGUUGGACGAUACAAGCAUCCGCAUUGAUUGGUCGUUG